AUGGUUGUGUUAUCCUUUGAGGACUGGGACGAUUUCCCCAAUGGACGAUGGGGUAACAGUUCUUCUCCAGCCUUCGGCGAUUUACAGGAUUAUUAUCUUUUCCACUUGAAGGCCCAAACCAAGAAAGAAGAUCUCUUGAAAAUGUACGGUGAAGAGAUAGCCUCCUUCGACGACGUGAAGAAAGUGUUCGCAAAUUUCAUUUCGCAAGCAGUUAACGAUCAAGGGGUCAAGGUGACGACUUUGCCAUGGAACGAGCAAGAGAGUGGUGUACAAGCAGAGACGGAGCUGAUCAAUGAACAGCUGCUGUGGUGCAAUGAGAACGGUAUCCUUACGGUGAACAGUCAGCCGUCAGUCAACGGAGCGCCAUCUACAGAUCCACUUGUUGGAUGGGAAAGCCGGGUAGUUAUUGUUACCAAAAGGCGUAUCUUGAAUGUUUUAUUAGCAAAGAGAAUGCGAAAUCACUUCUGGAGAUUAUUGACGAGUACUACCCACGGGUCAACUAUCACCUUAUCAAUCAUGAUGUAG